CGCCCCUCGCCUCCCCUCCCCCCCGACCUCUCGACCACCGCCAGGGCGCGAAGGUCGUGGCUGUGGGCCCGGUUAGAGGCGGCCAGGACCCAGGCUUCGUCCUCUGGCGCCCCUGGAGGCUCUCGGGCCCCGGCCUGGGAAGGACGCCUGAGGCAGACCAGCUUACUGUCCACGCCCGAGGCGAAGACAGUGUCGCCGGCCGCGCUCGCCGCCAGGGCCAGCACGUCGGCCUCGUGGACCCAGAACGACUGCUUGAGCGCGCCCAUAGCCCCGUCCCAGAAAUGGACGGCGCCCAGCGAGUCCCCGCUGACGAG